ACAGAAACCCAAACCGGUCAUGGAGGCUAGUUAACGACUGUGCGCCGCGCUUGCGAAUAGUAAUUUUCAUCGAGAUAUUGUGAUUGUUACGCGGACGCCAGUAAAUCGAGACGGAUAUCGCCGGUUCGAACGAAAAUGGGCGCAUACUUGUCAAAACCGAUCACAAAGAAAGUGUCCAGCGACCAAGUAGGCAAGAAUGUCGCGUUCGGCGCGAGUUCCAUGCAAGGCUGGCGAAUUAGUCAAGAGGAUGCUCACAAUUGUUGCAUAAAUUUCGAUGAGAAUGUAUCCCUGUUUGCUGUAUAUGAUGGCCAUGGUGGUCACGAAGUGGCAACAUACUGUGCAAGUAAUCUACCAGAUUUUAUUAAACAAACAGAGGCAUAUAAGAGAGGGGAUAUUGAACAAGCUUUAAUCGAUGCCUUUUUGGAUUUUGAUGCUACGCUUGGAAAACCCGAGGUGGUUAGCGUUUUAAAAGAACUUGCACGAACAUCUACACCGGAUAAAAAGAAAGACGAGACACAUGAAUCUGAUGAAGAAGAAAAUGUUAAUAAUUUAUGUAUGGAAGCAACAAUGCCAUUGGAGGAAGUAAUGGCUAAAUAUCAAUCAGAAUCAAAUCCUAAUGUAAAAAAUCUGAAAAAUGAAAAAUGCAAUAAAUUGCCAUCCUAUUUCUUUAAUGCUUACAUGCGUUGUCGUCGAGGUAAAGAGAAGGCUACUUCCUCGUCGUCUGGUGCAGGAUGUUCAUCUUCUUCAACUUGGUGGAACACAAAUGAGACAGAUGUAAGUAGUUCCAGUCAACCAUGCGGAUCCACAUUGUCCAGCACAAUGAAAAUAAAAGACACAGAGUGUCCUGGAAACAACGAAGCAGAACAAGUUCUGGAUUCGACAACUAGUAACGUAAAUACACAUGCAUCGCCUCCAGUUGGGUCAACUGCAGAUGUGGAAUUGGCGAAAAGUGCAGACAUGCCCGACAGUUCUGAGGAUGUAAACAAAAAAGUUUCCAGUCCUGGUAAAAUUACGUGCACAGAGUCAAAUGCGAACGAAGUAGAAGUAAAUGGUGCAGAGUCAAAACGAAUUGGAGAUGCAGACAGCAGUAAGAGUGGAGGUGAUAAUGUGUCAAGUAGUUCGUGUACCCCACUGGAGAACGGCGACGCGGGACAACAGGAACGAAUAAGUAGUACCGGUAGAAGAAGAAUUCAACCUAUAACAUUGUAUCAUACUCUUUUAAAAAAAGAUACUGAGGAUUCGGAGGAAGAUGAUGAUGAUGAAAACGAUGAAACAUUUGAUGGAGUACCCGAAAGUUACAGUGAUGAGGACGACACAGAAGAUGUUGAUGAAGAUGAAAGUGAUGAGGAGGAAGAUGAAGAAGACGAAGAUGCUGAUGGAAAUAUUGAUGAUGACGACGAUGAUGAUAGCGAGGGUCUUAUGAUGGAUACAGAAGAGCCUGGUUAUGAUAGCGGAUGUACUGCAGUAGUUGCAGUGUUAAAGGAUAAUGAACUAUAUGUAGCAAACGCGGGGGAUUCGCGUUGUGUUCUAUGCAGAGAUGGCAAGGCAGCUGAACUUAGCUUCGACCACAAACCUGAAGAUGAACCAGAAAUGGACCGCAUAGUAAAAGCUGGUGGGAAAGUAACAGCCGACGGCAGGGUGAACGGUGGACUUAAUUUAUCAAGGGCGCUUGGGGAUCACGCUUAUAAACAAAACGUUUACUUACCGCCGCAAGAACAAAUGAUCUCGGCACUCCCAGAUGUCAGGCGCAUCACAAUUAAACCAGGAAGAGAUGAGUUCAUGGUGCUUGCUUGUGACGGCAUUUGGAAUUUUAUGUCAAGUCAUGAUGUCACUCAAUUUAUCCGAGCACGUUUGGCAAACAAUUACGAUAAUCUUUCAAAAAUUUGCGAAGAGUUAUUCGAUCAUUGCCUCGCACCUGAUACCUGCGGAGAUGGUACAGGAUGCGACAAUAUGACGGCUAUAAUCAUCCGAUUUAAUCCACCGGCCGAAACAGUAGCAAACAGUACUACCACAGCAGUUGUAUGUAGUGCUAAGAGGUCACUAGUGACACCCUCAAUAUCUACAGAUGAAAAUGACUGCAUUACGCAGGAAAACAUGAAACCCUGCAAACGUCCUAAAUGUUAAAUGUUAUGAACUGAUUUCUGGAAACAGAUGAGUGAAUGUGAAUUUAUGUAAAAUUAUGUAAUUCUAUAGAACUGUGGAUUUCGAACGGAUACUCGAUGGCGAUCAUCACAGUUACUUCAAACAACAUGUAAAGUAUGUUAGCGCAGGCUAUUGGUGGCAGACUGAUGAGUUGGAGCACAUGAGGAUGAUAUCUUGCAUUUUACAUUUUGGUAUGAUAAGUCGUAAGUCAAAAAUGUAUUUUUCUGACUGGUACGAAACAAGAGCGACCCUUUUUUUCUUUUGGACUUGAAGGCGAAUCAUUUUUCAGAAUUCAUUACUUCAGUUAUUAAUGGGUAAUGCACCGUGCGGUCUAACGUUUUUAUAACAUGUACAAAAUAAGUAAGACAGUCAAACAUAAUUCUAUAUAUAAUUAACAAGAUAAUUGAUGUUUCUCUUUAUAAGUACUUUCUAUGAUAAUGUAAACGAUAAGGAGACGACAAACAUCAAACUAAAAUCAUCUAUCAAGUCAGAGCCUUGUAAGAUUUUACAAAUAGGGUAAGGAUACCUUUAGGUAAAAAAUAUUUUUUUUUUAUAUUUUUAUCAUCACUUCAUGAUCACAGUACUGGUGUUUACACACGAGAGAACUUUGAUUUUCCGUCAUCCCAUUUGCUCCAUCAACAUUAUUGAAAUAUACUCUUUGAGUUUUUAGAUAACAUCCAUAGUAGAUAUGUAAUUGUACAUAUUUAUAAAUUUAGGAUAUAGGAUUUAUAUUUGUAAUUCAACACGAUACCAUUUCUUACUUUUACGAAAUAAAGUUUAUUUUUGAAUCCCUGGGUAUAGUGAAUGGAUGUGUGCGAGUAAUCUCAAAAUGUGUAAACUGUAUCGUGUAAUGAGAACAGUUGCGUUACGCGCUAUCAAUUUGUGAUCUUGUACUAAAAAUACUGUUAAAAAUGGUAUGCACCGUACCAUGGGUACUGUCUACUUCAGGAAGCUUUCAUUUUCAAAUUUCACACAUCGGAAGCGUUUUGUAAAUUUAUAUCAUAAAUACGAUAUUCAUUUGGAGGACAAAGAUAAUUAAUAAAUUUAUCAAUUAGGGAUAAUGUUAUUUAAACGAAAAGAAAUUAAAAAUGGAAAAAAAGAUUAAAAAUCAAUAGGAUAUGUAUUGAAAAGUAGAUUAAAGUACUAUAAGAAAUGUGUAAAAAGGGAGGUUGGGAAAAAACAUAUUUAAAUUAUUUAUCUGUUUUUUUAAGAGACUUUAUUUCAGUCAAAAUCGUUCUAUCCACACUGUAUGUUUAUAGUUUCACGUCUAUAUGACUAGAUCGAUACAUUUUUUACGUGGUGAUGAUGCAUAAAAUUAAGUAACAUUUUUAACCAGUUACAUAUAGAAAUACUGCUUCUUUUUUAUCUCUCUCACGAACAUAAUUUCAUAAUACCACUAUUUCAUCGUAACAUUAAUAUAGAAAUAUCGCGACAUUUACGUAUUUACAGAAAAAAAUGCGAACUUUCUGUUCAUUAAAAUAGUAUAGCUAGUAGAUCAGUAAAUAACGUAAAUUAACUGCGGUAUCUUUGAAAUUGCUUUAGAGUUUUUAUCGUUAUUCAUCUUCUACCAAUGCUCACAUGUAAUUGCGGCUGUUAGUAGACAGUAAUUGUAAUGAGAAACUGUUUAUAAUUAUAUGAAGAAAGUAAUCGUAACAUUUACGAGAAAAGGGGAAAAAAUAAUAUUGUCAAGGUGAUCAGAAGCAUAUAAAUACUAGUAACAGUACCUAGUAUCACUCAGAAUUAACUGACGUGCCUUUCUGAUUCAGGGGUUCAGAACCUUCACAAUAUGUAUGUACAUUCGAUGCCGUCUUAUUAAAAAAAGGGUUUAAACCCCGAUACCGUCUUUAACUGCAAACUUCGUCAUAAAUUUAUGUAUAAAUAUCUUGUUUCAUAAUAUAUGUCGCUCUAAUUAUC